AUGCCGUCUGCUAAAUUCCCUGACAUCGAGAAUAAACCCGCCCCGGGCAUCUCCUACUUCACUCCGGCCCAAAACCCCCCCGCGGGAACUGCUGCAAACCCGCAGUCAGACGGGUCAACCCCUCCAAAACUGUUCCAGCCUCUUUCAAUUCGAGAUUUCAACCCUCUAAUACAUCUCGAUGGACAGGUCUCGCCAAUGUGCCAGUAUUCCGGUGAUGAUGGCCAUAUGACAUCCUGGCACAUGGCCCACUUGGGUGGAAUCGCGCAGCGUGGACCCGGCUUCCUUAUGGUGGAAGCGACCGCCGUGGAACCCGAAGGGCGCAUCACCCCGCAGGACCUAGGGCUGUGGAAAGACUCGCAGAUCGAACCGCUGCGCCACGUAAUCGAAUUUGUGCACAGCCAGAACCAGAAGAUCGGCGUGCAGAUUGCGCACGCCGGCCGCAAGGCCAGCACGGUCGCUCCGUGGUUGUCGUUUAACGACGCCGCCAGCGAGAAAGUUGGCGGCUGGCCGGAUCGUGUGAAAGGACCAUCCAACGUUCCCUUCUCGGACAACGUCCCGACUCCCAAGUCGAUGUCCAAGGAGGACAUUGAGAACUUCAAAGCCGCCUGGGUGGCCGCCGUGAAGCGGGCCGUGAAGGCCGGCGCGGAUUUUGUCGAAAUUCACAAUGCCCACGGAUACCUCCUUAUGUCGUUCCUCUCUCCGGCGGUCAACCUCCGGACGGACGAGUACGGCGGGAGCUUCGAGAAUCGGAUUCGUCUGAGUAUGGAGGUUGCGAAGCUGACGCGCGAGGCGGUGCCGAAGGAUAUGCCCGUGUUCUUGCGCGUGUCGGCGACUGACUGGCUGGAGGAGUCCAUGCCUGACCAGCCUAGCUGGCGUGUGGAGGACACGGUUCGGUUUGCGCAGGCGUUGGCGGAAAGUGGCAAUAUUGAUCUGCUGGAUGUCAGCAGUGGCGGUACGCAUGCGGCGCAGCACAUCCAUGCGAAGCCCGGAUUUCAGGCGCCGUUUGCUAUCGCAGUGAAGAAGGCUGUCGGAGACAAGCUGGCCGUCGGGACUGUCGGCAUGAUCGACUCGGCUCACAUGGCAAACUCGUUGCUUGAGAAGGAUGGCCUCGAUAUGGUUCUGGUAGGUCGCGGGUUCCAGAAAAACCCCAGCCUCGUUUGGACAUGGGCGGAGGAGCUCAAUCUCGAGUUAUCUAUGGCAAACCAAAUCCGCUGGGGCUUUUCGAAACGGGGUGGUGGGCCUUACCUGCCCAAGAAGAGACAAGAAUUAGGGCAGUGA